AUUAUCACCAUCUGUGAUGAGCGCUUCAUAUUGCUGGACUUGAAGUUCAGCGGCCGUAGUAGUUUGUUAGAAGACGAACAACGCGGUUGUUCGAUUAUACGCAGCAUAUUAUAGAAGAGCAUAGCAUAGCAAGAAACUUAAAAGCAGUGAGAUGUCGCGACUUCGUUUAAUUGUUGUUAUUUGCUACAUUACAACAAUGGCGUUUGGUAUACCAACUUAUGAGGUGCCAAAAGCGAAAAUACUUGUUUACUAUCCGAAAGGUUUUCAAGUCUCCAUACCGGAUGAGGAGGGCAUCACACUAUUCGCCUUCCAUGGUAAACUCAAUGAGGAAAUGGAAGGUUUGGAAGCGGGUACCUGGGCCAGAGAUAUUGUAAAAAAGAAGAAUGGACGUUGGACUUUCAACGAACGGAAUUCAAAAUUGCGAAUUGGUGAUACGCUCUACUAUUGGACCUAUGUGAUAUACAAUGGUUUGGGUUACCGUGAAGAUGAUGGCGUUUUUAAAGUGCGCGAAUAUGCGAAUCACACUAUUGACAGCGUGGACGAAACAAAACACACACAGAGUGGAAAUGAUGGCAGUGGUGGUACGGGUGGAAGUGACAGCACGAACAGCGUAAGCGGUGGUGUUGAUAAAGUGAUUGGCAGCACUGCUACGACCGCUAAUAACGGUGAUACUGACCCUCACGGCGGCGGCUAUAUUACAACAAUGACGUUUGGUAUACCAACUUAUGAGGUGCCAAAAGCGAAAAUACUUGUUUACUAUCCAAAAGGUUUUCAAGUCUCCAUACCGGAUGAAGAGGGCAUCACACUAUUCGCCUUCCAUGGUAAACUCAAUGAGGAAAUGGAAGGUUUGGAAGCGGGUACCUGGGCCAGAGAUAUUGUCAAAAAGAAGAAUGGACGUUGGACUUUCAACGAACGGAAUUCAAAAUUGCGAAUUGGUGAUACGCUCUACUAUUGGACCUAUGUGAUAUACAAUGGUUUGGGUUACCGUGAAGAUGAUGGCGUUUUUAAAGUGCGCGAAUAUGCGAAUCACACUAUUGACAGCGUGGACGAAACAAAACACACACAGAGUGGAAAUGAUGGCAGUGGUGGUACGGGUGGAAGUGACAGCACGAACAACGUAAGCGGUGGUGCUGUUGAUAACAAUAUGAUAGGCAGCGCUGCUACGGCUACUAAUAACAGUGAUACUGACCCUCACGGCGGCGGCUAUAUUACAACAAUGGCGUUAGAUAUACACACUUAUAAGGUGCCAAAAGCGAAAAUAGUUGUGUACUAUCCGAAAGGUUUUCAAGUCUCCAUACCAGAUGAUGACGGCAUCACACUAUUCGCCUUCCAUGGCAAACUCAAUGAGGAAAUGGACGGUUUGGAAGCGGGUACCUGGUCCAGAGAUAUUACAAAAGCGAAAAAUGGACGUUGGAGAUUCCAUGCACGCGAUGCGAAAUUGCGAAUUGGUGAUACGCUCUACUAUUGGACCUAUGUGCUAAAAGAUGGUUUGGGUUAUCGUGAAGAUAAUGGUGUUUUUGAGGUGCGGGAAUAUGGAAAUCACACUAUUGACGACGUGGACGAAACAAAACACACACAGAGUGGAAAUGAUCGCAGCGGUGGCACGGGUGGAAGUGACAGCACGAACAACGUAAGCGGUGGUGCUGUUGAUAACAAUAUGAUAGGCAGCGCUGCUACGGCUACUAAUAACAGUGAUACUGACCCUCACGGCGGCGGCUAUAUUACAACAAUGGCGGUUGGUAUACCUACUUAUGAGGUGCCAAAAGCGAAAAUACUUGUUUACUAUCCGAAAGGUUUUCAAGUCUCCAUACCGGAUGAGGAGGGCAUCACACUAUUCGCCUUCCAUGGUAAACUCAAUGAGGAAAUGGAAGGUUUGGAAGCGGGUACCUGGGCCAGAGAUAUUGUCAAAAAGAAGAAUGGACGUUGGACUUUCAACGAACGGAAUUCAAAAUUGCGAAUUGGUGAUACGCUCUACUAUUGGACCUAUGUGAGAUACAAUGGUUUGGGUUACCGUGAAGAUAAUGGCGUGUUUGAGGUGCGCGAAUAUGCGAAUCACACUAUUGACGGCGUGGACGAAACAAAACACACUCAGAGCGGAAAUGAUGGCAGUGGUGGUACGGGUGGAAGUGGCAGCACGAACAGCGUAAGCGGUGGUGUUGAUAAAGUGAUUGGCAGCACUGCUACGACCGCUACUAACAGUGACACUGACCCUCACGGCGGCGGCGUUGGUCUCAGUGAUGUGGGCAGAGAUAACUGCAAAGCUUCGCCCUCUUACAAAAAUGGUCUACAACAACAAUGCGCUAAUCAAUUGUUAUUUGUUGAUAAUUUCUCUGGCACACAAUUGAACAAAGAGCAGUGGACCAUUGAAGAGCGUUUCGCCACAAAACCAGAUGAGGAGUUCGUGUUAUACUUAAAUGUGUCGGAAGUGUUGCAAGUGAAGAACGGUAUGGUACGAAUAUACCCCGAACUGACCGCCAGGCAUUUUGCACAACACGAUCAUCCGUUGCAAAUUAAACAUGAUAUAGGAUCACGUUGCACCGGGCGUGCGAACAGUGAGGAAUGUGUGCGCGAUGGCAGCGCAACCAAUUACUUAUCCAUACCGCCUUUCAUAGCUGCACAAUUCUCGACAAAAGGACACUUCUCCUUCAAAUAUGGACGCGUUGAGAUACGCGCGAAAUUGCCACGCGCCAACUGGGUUUUCCCGCAACUUUGGCUGCAGCCGGUGAAUGAAAAAUAUGGCAGCGUUGACUAUCAGUCGGGUCAAAUGCGCAUCGCAUUCAGCUAUGUAAACGACACACAAAUGCAACUCUUCGGUGGUUUGAUUGUGAAUGCAAAUAGCAAUUGGCGUUGGAAGAAGCUCUGCGAAUUCCCGAAUGCGCAGCAGCACGAUUUGGGCAAUGACUUUCACGUUUACUCAUUGAUUUGGACGGACCAGUCAAUUUCGGUAGCAGUUGAUAAUGUGGAAUAUUGUAACUUCAAUCCGGACAUAAGUGGUACGCUGGCAAAUUUGAAUGAGGACGAUGAGGAGUUGCCGAAUCGAGAUUCACUUAAGAAGGGUAGUAAAUUAGCGCCAUUCGAUCAAGAAUUCUACAUCACCUUGGGUUAUGGUAUCGGUGGUGUGAAUGAUUUCAAGGAGGGUUUGUACGGCUGGCAACCGGAGAAACCGUGGGAGAAUAGGAAUCCGCAUGCCAUGAACACGCUACUGAAGAAGGUUGAGCCAAAUUUGAAUCAAUGGUUGGAGUUUGGCGAAUUACUCAUUGAUUACGUAAAGGUUUAUGCAAUUUAGAGGUUUUGCAGAAUAAAAUCGAUUUCUAUUUUUAUAAAAACUUGUAGCGAAUUUUGAAUAAUUUAAAAAAACAAUAAACAUAAACAUUUCUAAAGCAUACAGAAUCAUGAGUGAAAGAUGAAAUUGAGCAUAUAGUGAGAGGGCGAGAUACAUAGAGUAAAUGUAAUCAAAAGAGUCAAAUCAGUGCGAAGAGCAAAACAAAGAGAGCAAUGCAAAAAGAGUAAGAAAAAGUAUUUAUUUAGUAAAAAAAGAAUUGAAAAAAAAAAAGCAAAAACAAAUCACAACGGCAGCAUUAUUUAAAUGAUUACUCAAUUUACUAACUGCUGCAAGUGAGUAAUGGACAUAAUUUAUCACAAGAAAUCAAUAAGUAAAGCACAUGAACGCAGAUAUUUACAUCAACAGCAAAAAAAUCAACGGCAAGUCAAACAACUUGAAUUCAAUUCACGCACCAUUAAGUUAGCUGUGGGUAUGUAUGAAUUCCAGUGAAGUGGCACGGCUGAAGACCGUCACUAACACCGAAGCAAGGUUGAUGACUACAACAACAACAAAAGCAACCGAAAGACAGGGAAGACGGCAGCGAAAUAAGCAAAAUUGCUAUAGCUAAAUUAUUAAAUAUAAUUAUAUUUGUCAACAACGAAGCCACGAAACGUUUGACGGCGCGUUCGAGCGCGCUGUGAGAAAUUUUUAUUUAUUUAUACUUUUUUGUUUUUGUAUUUCUAGGUUUACUUUUUGACUUGCGCCGCAGUUGUCAUGUGACAUGCAACAAAUUAAAGUAGACUUUUAGGCGCAUGCAAGCGUAUAAAGAAAAUAGCAUUAAAGUGAAGUGACGGCAAAGCGGCAAAGGUAUGAGUGUGGAAAAUAUAAGAGAAAAAUAUGUGCUGCGUGGCAAACGAGUGGAAGGCAGGCAUUUUUGAUUUAUUAUAUUUGAUGACUUUUUUCCUUGCUUGCAUGCUGGGUUGGUUGCAAGGCAGCGUGUAAUAAAAAUGAAAAAUUUUUGUAAUUGUGCAGUUACAACACAAUUAAGGCUAUAAAAUUGGCUAAAUCGGCGCAUAUGUAGGACGUAAUAAUAAAUGUAAAAUAGAAAAUUCUUGAAGCAACAAAUUCUUGGGUUUAAUCGUGAAUGAUUACAUUUACAAUAGUCUCGAGCGUUACAUAAAAGUUAAGUGCUUAGAAUUGAGGAAAUUUUAUAAUUUAUAGUAUGUUCAAGAAUUUUAGAAGAUUUGAGUAUUCUACAUAGAAGACUUUACUUUUCGAAUAUUACAGAAAAUAACUUUAAAAUAACAAAAUUUUGAAAAAUUAAAUUCAAUUGCAACAGAUUUUGGAAUCCCGAAAUAUUACUGCUAAAUACUUUUUUACUGCUAUAUUGAGACAGCUUUAAAAUUUUUCAGGAUUAAAAUUUGUUAAUUUCUGGAUCUCUUACAUUAGCCUUGAUACAUUUCGGGAUUAAAAUUUGUCAGUAUUUUAUUUUACUUCAUAUAUUUUUUACUGUUAUAUUAAGACAAUCACGGGUUCACCAUGGUACAUGCGUAACAAAAAUAUCCAUAAAGAUGUUGAUAAUCCUAUGGUAAGGAGAUAGAGGACAGUAGAAAGAAAUAUAUUUCUAAACUUCGUGAACAUCCAAACCCUUUGGCUAAUGCUUUGGUACAUUCCUGCAAUCAAACAUGUUUAAAAAGGAGAGAUCUACCAGCCUAUUAGAGAGCACCGUUCUACCAAAACAGCUCAACCACAUUCCUGAGCUUUUUUUUUAGUUGUAAAUAUAUUUAAGAUUUUAUUACUUAUUGUUAGGCUUUAAACAAAGCAGAUUCAAUAAAUAAAGAAAUAUGUAUAAAAAAAAA